CUAGACCCCCAAAGCCAAAGAAAACAGGAAGAAAGGCAAGAGGGACAACAUAACCUUCAUCAUCAUCAUUCGUAUAGUUAUAUUUUGUAGAAAACAGAGAUCAAUUAAUCCGAAGGGAAGAGAACCGAAAGGAGCCAGCGUCGCAUAGCGUGGCGUUCGAGAGGCAUCGGUGGGAGAUGAAAUCGCCAUUGCGGAGGCUGCGGGGCUUCGGCCACCACUACCCCAGGGAGCGGAAGGCGCACCACCCGCCACCCGCCAAGCUCGACGAGCUGGCCGGCGCCGCUCAGGAUGUGAAAGAAAUGAGGAACUGUUACGAUGGCCUGCUAUCCUCUGCAGCCGCUACAACGAAUAGCGUAUAUGAGUUUUCUGAGGCUUUGGAGGAAAUGGGAAGCUCCUUACUUGCAAAAACUGCACUAAAUGAUGAUGAUGAUGAUAGUGGUAGAGUGCUGAUGAUGCUCGGAAAGGCCCAGUAUGAGCUAACAAAGUCUCUUGAUAGCUACCGUACAAAUAUUAUUCAUACAAUCACAACCCCGUCAGAGUCUCUUCUCAAGGAGCUACAAACCGUAGAGGAAAUGAAGCACCAAUGCGACAUGAAAAGGGAGGUGUACGAAGCCAUGAGGGCAUCUUAUAGAGAAAAAGGGCAGUCAAAGAAUUCAAAAAUUGACCAGCUCUCCACAGAACAAUUGCAAGCUUCUUUUCUCGAAUACCAAGAGGACGCUGCACUAUUCAUAUUUCGCUUGAAAUCGCUUAAGCAAGGGCAAUUCCAUAGCCUUCUCACACAGGCUGCUCGCCAUCAUGCUUCUCAGUUAAGUUUUUUCAGGAGAGGACUCAAAUGUCUCGAGGCACUUGAACCUCAUGUAAAAGCAAUAGCUGAGAAACAUCACAUUGACUAUCAGUCCAUCAGCCUUGAGGAUAAUGAAUCCGACAACGACGGUUCCAGCUCAUACAAGGAGAGUUGUAGUGAUGACGGAGAAUUGAGUUUUGACUAUGAAAUAAAUGACACAGACCAGGAUUUUAUUGCUUCAAGAGGUUCGAUGGAUUUGGAUAAAGGGGAGCAGACAACUUCCCCAGCGCAGUCAAAAGAGAUCACACAGGAAGAAGUGAAACUACCUGAGACAGAAGCAGUAGCUCCACAAGGGAAGCCCGAAAUCAGUAAACCUUCAGCUCCAAUUUUUGGUGACAAUUUUUUUGAUCAAACUGAGAGGCUUCGCCAAAUGAGGCCAUCUUCAGCCAAGAAUUCGUACAAACUCCCAACACCAAUCGAUGAUAAGUACCCCAGAUCAGCAGUUAUUCAUAGAUCACAUCAUUCUGCACAGUUCUUUGAAAGUAAACCUAGUGCCGCUGAGAACUUGUGGCACUCAUCUCCACUGGCGAAAGAUUAUAAAGCGAGCUCCAUGCAUAGUGGUCCCAUUAAACUGCCAUCAAGUUCCGAUUUCAGUAAGAAGUUGAAGAGGGAGUCCUGGUCUGGUCCAAUUCCAAGUAAAGCAAGAUCAAGCAAGCCCUUCUCUCAAUCUGAUCACAAAUCAUCCAUGGGCCAUCCUCGUGUGAUGACAUCAAAGUCGUAUGUUCAUGCUCGGCAGCCAUCAUCUGUUUCCCCAAAGAUGUCGCCACUUUCGACAGUAUCCCCAAAAAUCAGUGAGCUUCAUGAGCUACCUAGGCCUCCAGCCAAUGUAGAGCCCCUUCGGCCUUCUGGUCUAGUUGGGUACUCUGGUCCUCUGGUAUCAAAGCGUCAAGCUCCUAUGCCACCUGCCCGUGUCUCUCUAACAACAUCACAUACAGCCUCACCGCUUCCACGACCUCCAUCCUCCUUGGCUCGAAGUUACUCCAUACCCUCAAACAGCAAAAGAACACCCCUCAUUACUGUCAAUAAGUUGCUGGAGGCUAGAAAUAGCAGGGAGAGCAGUGAAGUUUCCUCCCCAUCACUGACUCCGUUGUCAUUGGCGGAUUUGUCCCGCCAGCCAACCACAAAAACAACUACAUGCAGCAUAAGGACGAAGGAAACCUUGUGACAACUACUUGCCAAUUAAGGACAUUACUUUGAAAAUUUUGUAUGUAAUUAGUAGUGUAUUGUAGGUUCUUGCUUGCAAUAUUCUUUUUCUGUAGGGCCUGUCUGGUGAAAGGAAAGAACUAAA